UGAGCACCUCUUGCAAACUUGGAAUGUGAGCUGCAUGUUGGGAGGCAACAUAGCAGGUGGAUUUGGAUAUGGCUCCCAAUGUGUUCAGAGGUAUUAAUGCAGAGAUGAUGUGACAGCUCUGCUUUAGUGGGGCAUUUGGCAACUGUGUCUGUUACAGAGUGUAUAGGGGCUGGCAUUGCCCUGAAGCUAUCUCCUCCUGCACCCCUAGGGAAAUCUCUGGAGCUUACAAGGCUGGGACCUUUGGAGAGUUACAAGGAGAUGAUGGGCUUAACGUUGCUCUAGACCACUGUUGAAAGGCUUGAGGACCCUUUGGAACUAAAGGAAGUAAUCUUUUUUCAAUCCUUGCUCUCAAUCUCUUGUCAGUCUCAAACCAAAAAUCUGGGACUAAGUCUGGCUCCAUCCCCUUUGCACCCUUCUCUCAAGUAUUUGUAUACAUUGAUGGGAUUCCUCUUAGAGCUGCUGAGUUGACAUAGUGUACAGAUAUUCUCCAUACUUCCCAGCUGCCCUCUGAGCAGGACUGGGGUUUAGACCUGUAUUUUCAGAAAAGAGGAAGGGGAAUGGUGCUGUUACAGGAUGAGUGAUGUAUGCAUUUACAAACUUCUUGCAUCCAUUUAAGAGAUAGCACUUGAUGGAGAUGAUUCAUAAGCAAUUCAUUAAAAAAAUUGAUUUAUGUUUUUUCUGCUGAGCUUGCUGUCUACAGACUUAUCUAAGAUCCUGUCACACAGUGAUUUAGCUCUGACUCCAGCAAUAAGCAAUCCUCUCAGCUUGUUGCUUGCAUUUGAUUUUCUGGUAGUUCAUAGGACUUGUGUCUUUAAGAAAGUGUAAUCUCUUUAUACUGGCUUAAGCACAAGAGAAUAUGAUUAAUGUAAAGUCAGUAGGAGAACUAAAGCAAACGACAGAGGUGCUGUUAAAGCUGGUACAAGCAAAUGUAAAGCAGUGAGAAGGGAAAGCCAGUAUUUUUCCAGGCAGAUUUUUUUUUUUGGCAAGUAAAACUCAGUUUUAAUGGUAAAGCAUUAUGCAGUAUAUUAGCAUUCUUUUAGUAUAUUUAGUAAACAUGUCACCUCUGUAACUGGAGAUUUAAUCACUGUAGUCUGUGGUAAAUCCUUUUGGAGAUGUGAGGAAGUGCUUUGGGUGCAUUUAUAUUACAAACUUAAAUUUAGGAGCUGUGGUGUUGCAGGCUUCCUGGUGAUUGUAGAGUGUUCCUUCAUUUGUUAAGGAAAUAAAAAUGUACAUCAGCAUUUUAUGAGCGACUCAUUAGGGAUGAGCACAGCACCAAGAUGAUGAGCUGUCAUCUAUUGUUCCAGCUGACAAAUUAAGCCAUUCUUCUCCUGAUAUAUGCAAGCCUUAUCCAAGUAUUCCUGCAGGCAGAAUUGCACAACAUUCCACCCUCCUUAUCACAGUGCUUCUCCCCGUUGUCUGUGAUGUUGAGAGAUGAAUAAACUGUUAUUGUGGAUGGGGGUUAAAGAAAAUUGCCUCCUUCAGAAGAGCUUGUAGACCUAAUAAAAAUUAAUCUGUAUCAUGUUGACUGCCACCAAAGCUGCAUAGUAUUUGGAAAAUCUAAAAGCAGAACGAUAUUAUUAGGGGGAAAAGACUUAUUGUGCAUCUGUGUGCCCAGCCAGUAUCUGAAGUGGUAGUGAACUGAUGAUCUAUGAUUAUAGUUAUGUUGAAGUCUGUGGAGGUUAAUGGGCUUCUGCUGUCUGAAGGAACACUUUCAGUCAGCUACUCCUGGUUACACAGGGUUGAAGAGGCCUGCUAAAAGCCCUGCUUACAAGCCUUGCUGGUACUCCAGGUGAGUCUUACUGUUGCACCUCUUAUUCAAGUGUUUUGUGCCCUCAGAGGGUGAUGCUAUUGGUAGGAGUCAAGUUUUAAGACUGCAAUGGAUUUCCCAUGUUCUGUUCUCUCUUUUUGACAGAGAAACUGAGAGGUGACUGAUCUUGAACAAAACUUUGUACCUCUGGUAUCUCCUCUGUGCAGACACUUCAAGUGAAGGUGACUGAGUACAAGUGGAUGAGUAGGCGGUGGAUCUGGGAGCAUUUCCGUGUUUAUCCCUACAAUCUAAACUUCAGCAUUAUGAAAGAAGCUUCAUCUACAAAAGCUGUGUGGCAGCAUGGCUCACAGGAGAAUAAAAGGAAAUUCCCUCUUAUGUAGAGAGCAAAGUCCUCUAUGCCCUUCCUUGCCAGGCAUUUUAUUUUUCAUUUGGCUGCUGGUUCUCCUCAUCGUUGCAUUUUGUAAUACAGCUGUCAUGGUCUGCUGCUAUGAUAGAUGGCAGCAGUAGAUCUUUGUGCCUCUGUACUUAGAUAACCACUUGAGAAUGUGGAUAGGAAGGAGGCAAGAGGUGUCUUGUGCCUUCCCUGUGUAUGUUUGCAGCAGGAGUCCUGACCUUGCUGUGACUGCCUGGAUGAGCAGGACCAGGAAGGAGGAGCUUGAAGUGGUGGCUGCUGCAACUAGAGCUGAGGGGUAUUGAACAAUGUAUAGGGGAAGAAUGUGAAGAACACUGGUGGUAUGGGCCCUGCAGUUUCCACUCCUGAAUGAAGUCCUAAUUGUAGUGUCCAUACUUUUUAAGGCCUUGCCUUCAGUGAUCACAGCAAUGGUACGUGAAAGGGAAGCACUGAAUGUGUGUGCAAGAGCAAUUGUGGUCUCUGUGUGCAUGUGUGAGGCAUUUUACGAACUUAAGAUUAAAUAAAAACUGGGGUUGGCCAGUUCUGUUUUCCUGGAUAUGUAUUGUUUAAAAGUUAGGCCUAUGAAUUUCCAUCUUUUGAUCAAAGGGAAGAAACUAGGUAGAAAUUGGUGGACUGCAAUCAAUAUUGAUACCUUUACAGUUGAGAAAUAGCAGCAGCUAAACUGUUUUCAGAAACUUGGAUAAUUCAGAUAUACUAAGUGGUGUUGAAACAGCCAAAGAGUGUGUUUUUUCCAGAAUGGGCAGCCCUGGAUCUCAUUUGCUCCUUGCUGGACUGUUUUGUCAGAUCUAGAAUGUACUGGUGAUUUUCUGGUUGUUUGCCUGCCUUAAUAUGUAGAGAUACUAUGUUUCCCCUCCUCCAUUAUUCUGUCAGGGAAAUGCUAACAAUCCUUCUGUUUUGCAGGAAGUUUUUGGCUGCCCAUGGUACCCAAACUAGUGCCCUGGUAUAUGUAUUCUUGUGAUGUUCUGGAUUUAGUACCAGUGUCACACAGGAGGAACAGUGGCUGAGGGAAAUCAAGUUACAGGCAUAGAUUCUGAGUUGGAAGAGACCCACAGUAGUCAUCAAAAUCCAGCUCCUGGCCCUGCACAGGACAACCUCAGUCAGACAAGCAGCCUGUUUAACUACUGAAGCUCCAAGCAUUUUCUGUUUGUCAGCCAUGUGAUCAUUUUGUGGUAUUUAGGCUUGAUGGGGUAAAAACUGGUGCCUUGCAGGAAGCCUGUGGGCUGUCUUCUGGAGGAAGCCUUCAAAGAUAGCUGACCACUCUGAUGUAUUCUGAAUGAUGGCUUUUUAGCAGAAAUCUUUGUUUAACAAAACAAAAUAAAACAAAACACCAGAGUAAAUGAGUUUUCUUCCAGAAGAGCUAUCUUAGUAGGAUUUAAAAAAAGUUUAAAUUAUCUUCUUUUUGUGCUGAGAGAAAUAGUCAUUGACUAUGGUAUCUGUUCCUGAGAAAGCUACCUCCCAAAAGCCAAGCUAUUGGCCUGGCUGCUUGCUAGUCUUCCUCUAAGUCUCUCGAAGUGGUGCUAUAACCACAGCAAAUAGUUGGGUUAGUUAUGACUCCUGGGCCAUCCAGCAUGGAUCUGAGUGCAUUCAAAGGGCUGGGACAAGUCACUGGGACCAUGUAAUUCUUACCAAGGGAUGAUGUUAAAUGGGGUUAUACAUCUCUGAGGGUGAUGUCUGAUGGGGUUCUACCGAGACACUUGACUUUAAUGCCAUUUGCUGAGUAACUUGUCUUUGAGUUCUGCAGAACAGGUCCGACUUUCCAUCUGACACUGAAGAUUUAAACAUUGUGCAAAAGAAACAUGUUCUGUUAGUGUAUGUCACUAGAGGGUUAAAAAUUACUUUGGAACCUAUCAGAAGCUGUAAAAGCAAAGGGAAUCUGCCUUACUGGAAGACACCAGCAGUUACAAAAUUCACCUUGCUGCUAUCUACUGCAUUGCUGGCCUGUCACUUGACAAAAGUCGCUGCUGUCAGAUCUUUGCAUUGUUGGUGCAGUACAGCAGCAGGGGCACUGGAUUAUUACAUGGGAGCUCUGUGGCUUUUCACUGGACAUUUAUACAGACAAAUGAGAAGAACCUGUCUCCAAGUGCAAGAUUUUGGGAAUAUGUGUCAGAGAUGCCUGUCAGUAAAACAUCCGUCUUGCCCUAAUUUCUGCAUGGAGUGCUGCAAUGUCGAGUGAAAUAACCUUCCAAGCUGGCUCUGGUGCAGAGGAAGUAAUACGCAAUGAGAAAACUCUCAUCAUCUGUGCAUCAGGGGGAGAAUUACUGACUGAGUGCUGAGCAGUCAAGUUAUUGAUUCAAACCAAAGCCCAGUCUCUCUGUCUGCUGGGCUGGUUACAUCCUGCUGGUUCAUUGCAUUUAAUCGGAUUCUCUGAGCUGCCACGCAGAGGGGGUGAGUUAGACCCAGAUCCAUCUAUAAUGUUUGCUUCAAAAUCCAGUUCUGUCUCCCCUUCUCCGUCCAUGGAGCAGGCAGAUUCGGAUGCUCUGGACAUCAGCACCAAAGUGCAGCUGUACGGUGUGCUCUGGAAGAGACCCUUUGGGAGGCAGUCAGCCAAAUGGUCCAGGAGGUUCUUCAUCAUUAAGGAAAGCUUCCUGCUGUACUAUGCUGAGAGUGAGAAGAAGAGUUUUGAAAGCAAUAAAUACUUCAAUAUCCAUCCCAAGGGUGUCAUACCCCUGGGAGGCUGCAUCGUGGAGCCCAAAGAAGAGGCCAACAUGCCUUAUGCCAUAAAGAUCUCUCAUGAAGACUUCCAUGGUAACAUUGUUCUAGCAGCCGAAUCAGAGUUUGAGCAGGCUCAGUGGCUGGAGAUGCUACAGGAGUCUGGAAAAGUGACCUGGAAGAAUGCCCAGCUGGGAGAAGCCAUGAUCGAGAGCCUGGAAGCUCAAGGACUACAGCUGGCCAAGGAGAAACAGGAAUAUUUAGAUAAACUAAUGGAAGAAACAGAGGAGCUAUGUCUGCAGAGGGAGCAAAAAGAGGAACUCGAGCGUCUGAACCAGAUCCUGGAAGCAGAGAAGCAGCGUUUUGAAGAGGUGGUGCGGGAGCUGCGCCUGGAGCAGGAGGAGAUCAGGCGGGAGCUGGAGCUCACAGCCCGCUCCCUUAAAGGAGUGGAGGAAGAGAAGAAGGAGUUGCGAAGCCUGACAGAGUCCUUACAGAACACCCUAGAGGAGCUUUCCCUGGAAAAACAGCAAAUGCUGAAGAUUCUGGAAGAAAACGAGAGCCAGGUCCCACCUCCAACCAGCCCCAGCACAGAGCAAAGCCCCAUCUGGGGACUGCACUGCAGCCUGCGACAGAUUGAAGAGAAGAUGCAGCAACUUCUGCAGGAGAAACUCCUGGCAGAGAAAAGGAUGAAGGAGAACGAGGAGCGGUCUCGAGCACUGGAGGAGGAGCGGGAGUUUUACUCUUCCCAGUCGCAAGCGCUGCAGAACUCGCUCUCGGAGCUGACUGCAGAGAAGCAGCAGGCAGAGAGAGACCUCAAGGCUGAAGUGAAGGUACGCAUGGAUCUGGAGAAGAGACUGAGAGAGGCUGAGGAAGCCUUGCAGAGCUUGGAGCAAGGCUUAAAUUCUCUGAAUUGCAACAAGGAGAAAGAGAAGAAGAUGAAAGCAGAUGUCAGUAACUUGAGAAAGUUCUUUGAAGAGUGCAUCCGCAACGCUGAGCUGGAGGCCAAGAUGCCUGUGAUCAUGAAGAACUCCGUGUACAUCCACAAGGCCGCCACUCGCCGCAUAAAGAGCUGCCGCUUCCGCUGCCGGAGAACCAGCGCUUCCUGGAAUGACAUGAAACAGUCACAGUCCUUCAUCUUCUCACAUGCAGAAGCUGAAAAUAUUGAAGAGCUGAAAGAAGCAGCCAAAAGACUGAGCCGGGACCAGCGCUUUAGGAAAACUAUCUAUCAAAUCAUGAGGUCACAAAAGGAUUCUGCUUCAGGGGACAAAAAGUGACUCUUCCUGGGAGGGGGCUUCUGAGAUCAACCUGCCAUUCAGCUCUGCAAAAGUUACAGCCUUGGGCAUGAGGCUCAGAAGGGAGAUCUGGCAUUUGGUGGGGAAGGUGGGGGAGAGUUGUGUGUAGGCAAUCCCUUCAGUUAUUGGCUUUGCUUUAGUUUGAGUGCUCCCUGCAGCCCGGCAGACCUUCUCUGCUGAUCACUCCAGACCUGUUUGCUUCAGCUGCUUGCAUUAAGCCAUGUUUGGCCAAGGUGCCACAGUCAGUGUUAAAGUGAACUAGAGACCGUAGCUUAGGAAGAGCCUCUCCUUUCCUUCCCUGUCUAGUCUGUCUGCCAAACACAAGUGCUUUGAGGAAACCUUUAGCAGUCUAUGAUCCAGCUAGUGUAAUCUCCUCAGCUGAACAUAGCUCACCCUGUUCUGCCUGAUCCCCUCUAGGGGUUGGCUCGCUGCACACCCUCAGUCAAUCAGCACUUCGGUGGGGCACAUUUCCUGAAGACUGCAGCAGUCACAGCCUCCCUAGCACAGGCAAAAGUAUCAAACACAGGGCCAAACUUUUUGUCUUGAUGCUACAUCAUUUCAAGCAAACAGCAACAACACAAGGUGAAGACAACAGGAGGAUGCUGUGGAUUUGGGUCCAAGGAGGAUCAUGUACAGAGAAGAGCUUAUAGGUAACUCAAAGGCAUUGAUGCAAGCUAGAGGGAGGUUUCUGUUGUGUUGGUGGUGGGCAGAACAUUCCAGGGCCACCUUUGCACAUUUUUUGCACUGGGACAUCUAGCUGUGUCAGAGCUAGGGAAGGUGUUAGCUAUUGGCUGUCCAUUCCUCAGUGUGAAGAAGCCUUUGACUCAGUUUUGAUGGCUUCCUCAAGACCUCUGUAAAAUGAGUUGGAGGGCAGGAGGGUGAGGACUGUCCAGCAACAAAACCCACUGCCAUUUCAGGCAAGCUGUAAGAGCUGUGGAAGAGGAGUCCAGGAGAGGAGUUACUUUGUUGUGGAGCCCCUUGCAGCCUCCCCCACCUAUUUUGAGCAAGCAGUUGGCUAAUAAUUACCCAUGCUGUAGGAACAGCACUGCCUGGUGCUUGCAGACCACAGGAUAAGCACACUCGGAGUGACGCCCUGUUUUCUCCUGCAUAUUAAUUGGAAAAUAAAGAAAUAGACAAUACAAAGGUGAAUAAAGUAAGCAGCAGAAGUACAGUUAGGGGUUAGGGGAAUGGUAAACUGCAGACUUACUUUACCUUUCAUGGCAUCAGGGCCCCCGGGUAUUAUGUAUGUACAGUGACACAUAGGUAGUUACUUGCUACUGUCCUGUUCAGACUGUGACAGUGUCUUCUCACAGCCUUUGGCUUCUAGCCACCUACAUAAUCCCCUAUAAAUUUAGUGUUGUUCCUAGGGAGAAGUCAAGGAUGUGGCUGGGAAGCAAACUUUGGCUUACCAGCCAGAGGAGAGUGGUUAAUGCUGGGUGGAGGAACAUCCUGUGACAGUGCUCCUGGAUGGAAUCACUCUAGUGUGACCAGAGGGAAAGCUUUGAAAGCACAGCUUGUACUUCCCAUUUUAGUCAGUUACUGACUAGUAUCCUUCUGCCAAGCACUGGGAUGUUUCAUCCAGUCAGAGGAUCCAGCUCUGAAGGAGGAUUUUUUUGUGCUAAUGGGUGAUACAGUAGGAGAAGAUUGUUUCCAUCCUUCCUCAGCAUACCUGAUCCUUCUGUGGUUCAUCUGGUUGUGUUUAUAUGCUAGAAAGCCACAAAUUAAUUCUUGCUCCUACAAGGCUGAAGGGCUGUGUCAAAGCAAUACAGAAAUGGUUUUUUCCUUUAUGCUGCUCCCAAAUCAUCUCUGGCUAUUUUCCAGUUACAAGGUCUAUAUUAGGUGAUGCUGGAAGGGACAGAAUAAAGGAUAGCUAGGGAAUGCAUCUGUAAUUCGGGCAGUUAGAAAAAUCACCCUGUGGCCUGUGAAUACAGCAUUUUUGUUCUAUUACCAUGAAAGCCACAAUAUCUGACUCUUCAGAAGUAUUCUAUGCAGGAGGUAGCCACAUCAGGUCUUCCUUUACUGUGCAUAUUGACAGCAAUAAGUAAAUAAAAGUUAUGCUGACACUAGAA